CCGAGCUGAAGCCGACAGAACAAGACUAACAUGGUAAGCAGCUGGUAACAUAUGUCAACGAGCGUUCUUCAUAAGCCAUUACGAGUACAAUAACAAGUCGUUUGUAUGUUAUUAUACAACCCUCACUAAACAGACGAGUUUGAGUUGCUUAGUUUCUCUUCUCCCGUUAUUGGAAUUAUUCAGGAGCGCGACAACACUGAAGCCAAGAGUGCUAUUACCACUUGUGUUACACUUUCGAGCACAAAUCUUCAGACCUCUGAAUAGGAGAGAUGGACACGAAAUUUCUCUUCUUCAUCGGAUUGUUUUCCAUCGCUCAAAUGGCCGUUGGGCAAAGCCGAACCGGGGAAGCAUCCCCCUGGGCUUGGGCGUGCCGAACUGGCAGGGGAUGUGUUAAAGUGGCAAAAGAUUUACCUGUAGAAGAAGGAGAUAACAUGAAUAACCCAACACUGGCAGGUUGCAAAUUGACUUGCAAUGACGAGUCGGUGCUGUGGCCAAAACCCCGCGACGCAAUCUAUCUCUCAAAAACCCUUGUGUCUUUCCUUCCGGUAGACAUCCGCAUCAAUCGAAUCAACGCACCAAGCGCCGAGGUUAAAUCGUUGACGAAUGAAGCGAUUGCAAUAUUCCGUGGCGUCCUCCGCAAGAGUAUUCCGGAAGCAUUCCGCCGUCGCAACCAAACAGCAAAAGAUGGACAGCGGCCGCAAAUUCAUAUCGAAGUGUCUAUCACGUCAGGUGACGUAAGGCUCAGAAUGGAAACGCAAGAAUCUUACAAUUUGCACGUGAAAACGAUAUUCGCCACUGCGGCCACACCUGCUAGUCCGCGCAGCAUAACAUCCGUUUCCAUCACGGCAACGACUUUUUUCGGAGCUCGUCACGCCAUUGAAACUUUGUCGCAAAUCAUGGCCUGGGACAAGACUCUGGAAUCGAUGAUUAUGUUGACGGAUGCCAACAUAUCCGACUCGCCAGCCUUUAUUCACCGUGGUCUCAUCAUCGACACGUCGCGUAAUUUCGUCAGCGUUCCAGUCAUCAAGAAGAUUAUCGACGCCAUGUCCUACGAUAAACUCAACGUAUUCCAUUGGCAUCUGACUGAUUCGCAAUCCUUCCCGUUCGUGUCGACUCGGGAGCCAAGACUUGCACUCUACGGAGCGUAUUCACCCGAUCAAGUUUACCACCCUGAAGAUAUCAAAGAAUUGGUCCACUACGCCACGGUUAGAGGAGUCAAGAUCGUUCCGGAAUUUGACGCACCAGGUCACGUUGGCAGCGGAUGGGAAUGGGGCGAACGUGCUGGAAUGGGCCAGUUGGCUCUUUGCCUCAAUAUAGAACCAUGGCACGACUACUGCGCCGAGCCACCUUGCGGAAUCCUGAACCCUAUCAACGAUAAUAUCUACUCCGUAUUGAGCAACAUCUACCAGGAUAUGAAUGAUUUAUUUCAGAGCGAUAUUUUCCACAUGGGUGGCGACGGGGUGAAAUUCAAAUGCUGGAACGAAACCACUGAAAUUAUCGAUUGGCUGAGGGCUCGUGGCCGGAACGACUACAGCAAAGAGGAUUUCCUAUAUCUCUGGAGCCACUUUCAGAACCGAUCUCUAGAAGAAGUCGACAAAGCUUACGGCAAUAAACAACCCAUCGUUUUGUGGACCAGCCCCCUGACAGACGAUGGCCAUGCCGAAAAAUUUCUGGACAAGGAAAGAUACAUUAUUCAAAUUUGGGCAAAGGGUACGGACCAGAGUAUCGCUCAACUUUACCGCCAAGGCUUCAAGUUAAUUAUGACAAAUUAUGACGCAUGGUACUUUGAUUGCGGGUACGGACAAUGGGUUGGUAAUGGCCCCAAUAAUUGGUGCUCACCCUACAGUGGUUGGCAAAAAGUUUACGAAAACAGCCCACGAAAACUUAUCACCAAUUUUAACGAGACAUUCAACAGCCAUCAAAUAUUAGGCGGGGAAGCCGCCAUCUGGACUGAACAAGUUGACGGAGCUGCUAUCGAAGGGAAACUAUGGCCUCGUAGUUCAGCUUUAGCUGAAAGACUGUGGACCGACCCGGACACGAACUGGCGCGCUGCCGAGCACCGCAUGAACCACCAUCGUGAACGAUUGGUUCAACGUGGAAUUCAUGCUGAUGGUCUUCAGCCAGAGUGGUGCCACCAAAACGAAGGAUACUGUUUUCUUUGAAGAGAGAGAGAUAAAAAUGCAGUACUUCAAUAGAACAGAAACCUUCUCGUCGAUUUUUUUUCUUAAAUUUAAUCGAUUAACUCAAACUAUGUGCACUGGUUGCUGUAUAGUGUUCAAUUGAAAAAAAAUAAACAGGACAGCAGAAC